ACUAUGGAGGGGAUCGUAUAUAGGCGACGAUGCCAGGUGCUCACCUUAUCAGAACCCAUAGUAUCGUCGUCAUGAAACUUCGGAUGCUGUUACACAGCAUCUCGGCGCUUAUCAGCGUCGUUAUUCUUUCCGCGAGGGAUACUCAUUCCGACAAUGCAAUUGACGACAAAUUGGAACGAAGAAUCAUUGCACUUUACAGGGUACUCGAUUUCAUGGCGCAGAGACCUCGCCAGAUGAACGUCGAUGCGAUCUUCGGACUCACCAUAACUGAAGCCCACGUUGCGAGCACCGUGAACCACGAGAAACUGAAGUUUUUCGACCCUCGUUUUCGAGACGCCCUCAUCGACGUCCUGGAACUCUGCAGGCGCGCUUAUCGACAAGCCGUGACAGUAGUUUCAACGAAGACUAAGGAAACCGCGAUAUUAAACCAAGUACUGAAUCAGCCGGAGAUUUGGCGCUGGCCUAUAGAAUGGAGCUUCGGGUUAUUGGGCCCGAGACCUCCGCCGAGUGAGAAUAACACGGAAUCUUCCGUUCUUCAAUACUUCUACAAGGGAACGCCGAAUGAGAUCGAAAGCGAUCGGUGUCUCUCUCAGCUUGCUCAAGAGUACGGGGGACCCGUUUGUCAGGUGUCGGAGCUCUGCGCCAAAAUGUUGAUAAGAAAUGACGGGCCCAGAGGGUAUCCGCUUGCGCACAGGCUGCUCUACGUCGUCACAGCUGUCGUCCUCGGAUGCAAGGAGCGCGAAUCCACUCCGUUCGACAAACUGAUACCUGCCUACUGCACAGCUAUUUUACAGGAUGCAGUCGAUAUGGAAGAUGCUAACUUUCCAGCAAUGUCAAGAGACAUGAUUUGCGAGCAAGUUAUUCUCUGCGGAAUGGCAGGCUAUAUGGAAUUUGCCAAUGACCAUUACGCAGCGUUGAUACUGAGCUGGCCGAACGACGCGGGAUGUUUUACCAGUUUAGGAUUUGGAGAGGAAGUAUUUCCGAAAAGAUUCAAGCGGGAAAGUGAAAGGAUGGAUUACGGUUGUGAAAACCACGCGACGGCUUUGGGCGCAGCAAGUUUGUCUCUGCUGAUCCGUCAGUUCGUUGAGACUUCGAAUCUGACUGUAUAACAGUGAGUAAAAAAAUGAAUGAACCGAAUUUUUUUUUAUCUAAAAGCCGGUCGCCUUUGGUGAAAAGUUAAAUACUUACGAAAUUUGACACGAGCUAAUAA